GAAUAUAGAUUAUAGAUUAUACAGAUAUAAUUUCUCCAUCAGAACUUGCUUGUGUCUCCGGCUUGUGAUAAAAUACUAACCUCAGUUUCUCUCUGUUUCUCAUCCCUCCAAAGCAAUCCCAAAAACACGCACAACACCCACUCAAUUUCAUACACUUCAAAUUCUCUAUAUUUUCUUUACACCAUCAAGUUAGGGUUUUUUGCUCAUUUCUCCCAGAUCUAUUCCCCCAGUUAGCCUGAUUCAUUCCCCCAGAUCGCACAAUUCUCACUCUUCUCCGGCAUCCGGGCGGAUUUUAACUCCGAUUAAUCUCAUUUCUGUGAUCACCGGCGAAAUUUCUGAUUUUGAAUUGGAUUUUGGGCGUUUCAAUUCGUUAAUGUGCCGCUUUGAUUCGGACUUUUCACCUCACUCUUUGGGAAUUAGAUCUUGAAAAUUGGCUCCUCAGCGGCGAUCACAGCGCCACAUGGGUGGCCAGAUGCAGCAGAGCAACGCUGCCGCCACUGCUCUGUAUGAUCACCCCGGCAAUGGGGGCCCCGCCAGCGGUGAUGCUGGAGACGCCGUUAUGGCGCGGUGGCUUCAGUCUGCCGGGUUGCAGCAUCUGGCCUCUCCAUUGGCCUCUACUGGUAUUGAUCAUCGGCUCCUUCCUAACCUUCUCAUGCAGGGCUAUGGAGCACAAUCUGCAGAAGAGAAACAAAGGCUAUUUAAACUAAUGAGAAACCUGAAUUUUAACGGUGAACCUGGUUCUGAGCCGUACACUCCUACCUCCCAAAGUUUGAGUGGGUUUGCAGCAUCAGAUGGCUUUUAUUCUCCUGAAUUUAGAGGGGAUUUUGGUGCUGGCCUUUUGGACCUACACUCUAUGGAUGAUACAGAGCUCUUAUCUGAGCAUGUCAUUUCGGAACCAUUUGAGCCGUCACCUUUCAUGCCAGCUGUGAGUAAAGCAUUUGACAGUGAUUUUGAGGUGAUACCCAGUCAGCUUCAAAAAGGACAAACUGAUGCAGAUGUUCCAUCUGGAUUUCUUGCAAGUGAAAAAGAUAUAAACACAAGAGAAAACAAUGUGGCUAAGAUUAAAGUUGUGGUGCGUAAAAGACCUUUGAACAAGAAGGAAAUUGCUCGUAAAGAAGAUGACAUUGUAACUGUACAUGAGGAUGCUUAUUUGACUGUUCAUGAACCGAAGUUAAAGGUUGACUUGACUGCCUACGUUGAGAAGCAUGAGUUUUGUUUUGAUGCUGUUCUGGAUGAGCAUGUGACAAAUGACGAGGUAUAUCGAGUCACUGUAGAACCAAUUAUUCCUACCAUCUUCCAGCGGACAAAAGCCACAUGUUUUGCAUAUGGCCAGACAGGGAGUGGCAAGACAUACACAAUGCAGCCAUUACCUCUUAGAGCUGCAGAAGACAUUGUUAGAUUGCUGCAUCAGCCAGUUUAUCGUAAUCAGAGAUUUAAGUUGUGGCUCAGCUUCUUUGAGAUAUAUGGCGGAAAACUUUUUGAUCUUCUCAGUGACAGGAAAAAACUGUGCAUGAGAGAAGAUGGACGACAACAAGUUUGCAUUGUUGGACUACAAGAAUUUGAAGUAUCUGAUGUCCAGAUUGUUAAAGAAUUUAUUGAGAGGGGAAAUGCGGCGAGAAGUACAGGUUCUACUGGUGCCAAUGAGGAAUCGUCGCGGUCACAUGCAAUAUUACAACUUGCUAUCAAAAAGCAUAAUGAGAUUAAAGACUCCAGGAGGAACAAUGACGGAAAUGAAUCCAGGAGCGGGAAGGUUGUUGGGAAGAUUUCUUUCAUUGAUCUUGCUGGUAGCGAGAGAGGUGCUGAUACAACGGACACUGACCGGCAAACACGGAUUGAAGGAGCAGAAAUUAACAAGAGUCUUUUGGCUCUUAAGGAGUGUAUUCGUGCCUUGGACAAUGACCAGAUCCAUAUUCCUUUUCGUGGGAGCAAACUUACUGAGGUGCUCCGUGACUCCUUUGUCGGCAACUCAAGGACUGUUAUGAUAUCGUGCAUUUCUCCUAAUGCUGGUUCAUGUGAACACACACUCAAUACAUUGAGAUAUGCUGAUAGGGUUAAAAGUCUCUCCAAAAGUGGAAAUACAAAAAAGGAUCAGGGUUCAAGUUCAUUACCACCUUCCAGUACUAAGGAAUCCUCAUCAGCACCAUUUUCUUCUUUCUCUGCUGAUGUAGAGGAUUUGGUGGACCAACAUCAGGAAUCUAAAGCAGUGGAUAACAGAAGGGUUGUACAAAAGGAAUUUACUUCUUACAAUUCUUCAAGUGAUGUUGAUAAACAACCUUCUAGUUUUACAUCAAAUUAUACUUCUGGACUGGAGGAAAGUACAGCAACUUCCAGUGCUCCCGACAAGGAGAGGUCUGAUAUGAAAAACAGUCAUGGUGGUUCAAGUCAGAAAAUUAACUUGACAUCAUUUUCCCAAAUUGCAGCUGAUACAGAAGAGAAAGUGCAGAAAGUUUCUCCUCCACGUCGAAAGGUGUAUCCUCAGAUUCCAGUCGAUACAGAAGAGAAAGUGCAGAAAGUGUCUCCUCCCCGUCGGAAAACAUAUAGGGAUGAAAGGCCCGAAAAACUGGGAAAUUGGCCAAGAAAAGAUGCUGCUAAUUUUGAUUCGUCGUCUAGCUAUAAACAACAAAAUGUGAAUAUUGCCGACACAAAUGGUGUUGGGUCUAAGCAAUAUGAGCCUGAGCAACCUCAUGAAGAUAGUAUCAAUGAGAUACUUGAGGAAGAAGAGGCCCUCAUUGCUGCCCAUAGAAAGGAAAUUGAAGACACAAUGGAGAUUGUUCGUGAAGAAAUGAAACUACUCGCGGAGGUGGAUCAACCCGGAAGCCUAAUUGAUAAUUACGUGACACAGUUGAGUUUUGUGCUUUCACGUAAAGCAGCAAGUCUGGUCAGCCUACAGGCUCGUCUUGCCAGAUUCCAACAUCGUCUGAAGGAACAAGAAAUAUUGAGUAGAAAGCGGGUGCAUCGCUAAGGGCUGAAAAGUACUUGUCAAAUAUGUAUCAAUGUGGACAUUUAUGAUUGUCAAGAAUGGCAUCAGCAGUGCAGUUGCAUCAUGCACUUGGAUAAACCACAAGAUCUUCGAAAGUUGCCUAGUGCACUGGUUGCAGAGGACGGAGUGACGUGGUCAUUGCAAUGUUGAGACGUUUAUAGGCUUUGUUGUAACUCAAGUUGUAUAAGCUGAGGCUUAACAUUCAGAAUUGCUGGCUCAAACAAUGAUGCAAGAAAUCAUAUUCGUAGGUGGUGUUGGUUGUAUAGAGAAUGUAUUCCAAAAUGAGUGAUGUCUUCUUUCGUUGGUGGGUUUAUGGGACUUCUUGUUUGAUGAUUGUUGAAAUGAUUUGGAGACGUACGCUUUGUACUGAAAGGGAUAAUCUUCUCAUUUUUCGGGAGUAUACUUCACUCUUUACCCA